AUGCAGAGUGAGCUGCGCUCGGUGGCACAGAAAGUGGGGCUUCAGGACGACCGUGGCGCGUUCCUCGACAUCUUGGAGUUGGAUCCAAAGAACGCUCAGGCCUUUGAAAAUCUGGGCUCGACCCUUCUCCCAGGUCAAAGCUUGCAGCUACCAGAUGGACUCUUGCUGCCGAAGAAGGCCUUGCACUUGAAGGCCUUGGAGUUGGACUCCACACAUAGUCACGCGCACAACAACUUGGCCGUCUCCUUGAGCCCUGGCGAGGUGAUCACCUUGCCCGGCUCCUUUGCGAACGCCACGCAGCAGUCGCUCUUCCAACGGGCCGUGGAAUUGGAUCCUCGGAACGCCGUGGCGCACUGCAACCUGGGCGUCGUCUUGGAAGACCGGAAGGUGAUUCGAUUGGAAGACGGCACCCUUUGGGACAAGCGAAGCUUGUACAUCCGGUCCAUUGAACUGGAUCCCAGCUAUGCCUUCGCCUACAACAACUUGGCUGUGCUUUUGAAGGCCAAGGAGCGGGUGCCACUGGCCGACGGUUCCUCCUGGGAUCGGCAGCGUUUGUACCUGGCAGCCUUGGAGUUGGAUCCCAGCUACGCGGUCGCUUACAACAACCUCGCUCUGACCUUGACCUCGCGUGAGAAGGUGCAGGGCCCAGGAGGCAUCUGGGAUCGCAAAUCCUUGCACCAGAAGGCGCUGGAGCUGGACCCCAGGCAUAUUUGUGCCUAUCGUGAUCUGGCUUUGGCCUUGAUUGAGAAAGAUCGGAUCUUCUUGCAAGGGCGCUGGUGGAAGCGCCGAGAGCUCUUGCUGGAGGCCCUGAGGUUGGACUCCAACUUCGCCAAUGCCUAUCAGCUCUUGUCUGAGACCCUGUCCGCCAAGGAGGAGCUAAUGGUCAAUGGCAAAAGCUUUGGAAAGACAGAGCUUCUGGUCCAAGCCUUGCAGUUGGACCCGGAGCCGGUGACCUGUGCCCUGCUCGGAGCUCACCUGGGCUCCGGUGCCUGUCACCUGAAAGGUUGGCCAAGCCCAGCCACUUGGUUCGGCAACACUGAUGGGCCAGCUGCAGGUCACUCCACUUGGACCGGAGCAGAGUUGAUGCAAAGGGCCUUGCAGUUGGCGCCCAAGUGCCCUCGAGUGCUGUGCAUUGCGGCGAGAGAGGUCGCCGGCGGCGCCAAGACACGUCAGCUCCUCCUUCGUGCGGCGGGCUGUGGAAGUGGCGAGGCAUGUGGGCGAUUGGCGCUGUUGAUGGCGCCCAAGGAGCGAGUGCGGAUCUCCCAGGAGAUGACUUCCCCCAGCUCCAGUGGGAUGCGCUGCUCACGGCAGCAGCUGCUGCAGGCAGCUUGCGAGCUGGUGGACGAUGCACAGCUCUGGCUGGAGCUCUCCCUGGAGCUGGCACCCUUUGAGCGCGUGACCUUGCGUGGGGAGAUCUACGAUGCCCGCGCCCUUUGCCGCGAGGCAUUGCAGCUGGAUCCAUCUCACCCAGGCGCCUUGCGGCAGCUUCAGGCACAUCAAGCUGGCAGUGCUGACGCAAUACCCAGACCGCUGCUGCUGAGACAUGCGGUGCCAGACCUGUUUGAAGGAGGCUGCAGUGAUUGGCAGGAGCCGAGCUUCGCGCCCUCCGAUGCACCCCAAGAGUUGGACGCCUUUGUGCUGGCUCUGGGCAAGAUGGAACAAGCCCAGGCCGAGCCGGACAUCUUGGGUGAAUGCUUGGGGCCUUCGGAGCGUGUCCGCUUGUCCUCAGGCGAUGGCUGGCAUUACCGAAGCCGCAGCCAACUUCACAAAGCAGCAUUGGAGUCCGAUGCCUUGUCAUCCCGGACAUGGACCAACCUAGGUGUGACCUUGGUCGACUUUGAGUUCCAGGGACAUCACUACACCCAAGAAGACAUGUUUGAGCGUGCAUUGGAGCUGGAUCCUGAGAACAAAGCUGCUGCUGCCAACCUGGCAAGCCUGCGCGGGGAGAGGCCAAAGCAUUUCCAACAUCGUCCAUGCCGUGCCUCAAUGAGUGGCUUGGGAAAGCGAAGAUGUGGAGCAGAUGUCAAACAUCUCGUUGAAGCCUCGCUGCUGCUGCAAGAGAAGGCCUGCAAACUCCAACCUAGCGCGGCGCGCCGCCUGCGCAUGGCCAAUGCCAUGGUCGUCGACAGCGACCGAUUGGACGGGAGACACAGCAGCGACAUGGACUGCGCCUUUCACAUCUUCAAGAGGCUUGAGCUGGCAGGAUGA